GCCUAUCUGGAAAGCAAAAGCAAUGUUAAAUGGCCCUUCAUGGUCUCCUUACAGACACCUGGCAAGAAGCAAGAGAAACACUUCUGCAGUGGCGCGAUCAUUAGUGAGCAAUUCGUCCUUGUCGCAGCCCAUUGCCUUACCAAACCAGUUGAAAAGAACUUGAGAUUGUUGAGCAUUGUUGCUGGCACCAAUCAGAUAUACAACAAUACGUAUACGCAACGUUUUCAAGUCAAAAACUUCAAACGGCACAAGCGUUUUGGACAGCAAUGUAGCGAUGAUAUUGCUAUUCUGCAUGUAGAGCCCAAGUUCCCCAAAGACAAAGCCCGCUUCACCACGAUUAACUACAAAAGUAACCGCAGAACGUUGGCAGGCAUGGGGGCUCUACUGCUUGAUUGGGAACAAGACACAAUUGGCGUGCCAACGCAUAUUGCUGCAACAAGCUUCCAAAUGGUAGAAAACAAUGACUGCGGAUAUGAUAAUAAAUUCAGCAAUGCCAAACAAUUUUGCGCUUUACGCACAGAUGGACUUCGAAGUAUUUGUAAAUAUAGCGACAGUGGUGGCAUACUUAUAGAUGCAGACUCUAAAACACUGUUAGGUUUUAUAUCGUAUUGUGAUAAGAAUACUUGUGAGAUGGAGAAACCGACUGCUUUCACACGCAUUAGCUUCUAUGGAAACUGGAUUAAAGACCAAAUGGAAUCCAUGCUGAAUGUGCAGUCGAAAAAUAAUAAAAAAUUUCCAAUUGGGAAAUAGACAAUGCAUGACAUUUCUUAUAAAUACUUAUUAUAUAUGCCUUAAGGUCA